AUGCUCACCUCACAGGAGAAGAUCACACCUCACAGGAGAAGAUCACACCUCACAGGAGAAGAUCACACCUCAGAGGAGAAGAUCACGCCUCACAGGAGAAGAUCACACCUCACAGGAGAAUAUCACACCUCACAGGAGAAGAUCACACCUCACAGGAGAAGAUCACACCUCAGAGGAGAAGAUCACACCUCACAGGAGAGGAUCACGCCUCACAGGAGAAGAUCACGCCUCACAGGAGAAGAUCACACCUCACAGGAGAAGAUCACACCUCACAGGAGAAGAUCACGCCUCACAGGGGAAGAUCACACCUCACAGGAGAAGAUCACGCCUCACAGGAGAAGAUCACACCUCACAGGAGAAGAUGCUCACGUCUCAGGAGAAGAUCACGCCUCACAGGAGAAGAUCACACCUCACAGGAGAAGAUCAUACCUCACAGGAGAAGAUCACACCUCACAGGAGAAGAUCACACCUCACAGGAGAAGAUCACGCCUCACAGGGGAAGAUCACACCUCACAGGAGAAGAUGCUCACGUCUCAGGAGAAGAUCACGCCUCACAGGAGAAGAUCACACCUCACAGGAGAAGAUCACACCUCACAGGAGAAGAUCACACCUCACAGAGGAAGAUCACACCUCACAAGAGAAGAUGCUCACGUCUCAGGAGAAGAUCACGCCUCACAGGAGAAGAUCACGCCUCACUGGGGAAGAUCACACCUCACAGGAGAAGAUGCUCACGUCUCAGGAGAAGAUCACGCCUCACAGGAGAAGAUCACGCCUCACAGGAGAAGAUCACACCUCACAGGGGAAGAUCACACCUCACAGGAGAAGAUGCUCACGUCUCAGGAGAAGAUCACGCCCUCACAGGGGAAGAUCACGCCUCACAGGAGAAGAUCACACCUCACAGGAGAAGAUCACGCCUCACUGGGGAAGAUCACACCUCACAGGAGAAGAUCACGCCUCACUGGGGAAGAUCACGCCUCACUGGGAAGAUCACGCCUCACUGGGGAAGAUCACGCCUCACUGGGGAAGAUCACGCAGGAAGCGUCAGAGAACAAGGCCUGCGCCCUCACCCAUCCCACCCCUACGGACAGCGUGAGAGAACAAGGCCUGCGCCCUCACCCAUCCCACCCCUACGGACAGCGUCAGAGAACAAGGCCUGCGCCCUCACCCAUCCCACCCCUACGGACAGCGUCAGAGCACAAGGCCUGCGCCCUCACCCAUCCCACCCCUACGGACAGCGUCAGAGCACGCUGA